AUGCCUGUGCUUGCUACCUUUCUAGAGAGCCACUACUUCUUCCAGGGUAUUGCAGUGGCGUUGGCUCUGAUAUUUGUGUCAAACUUUUACAGAGAACUCGCAGAUGGCUUGCCAUACCGUAAAAUCCCCCUCGUGGGGAGAAGUAGAUGGGAGAUCUCGAACACAAAAGCCAAAAAGCUCUUCGUCACCUCUGCAAAGGAUUUGAUGGUGCAAGGGUUUAGCCAGGGUAGAACCGUCUUUCAGGCCAUGUUUACUGCUGGUCCGACCAUAGUUCUGCACCCUCGUUAUGUGGAUGAGUUGAAGAACCAUCCGCAUCUAGACUUCGGGGAAGCAGUUAGAAAGUCCUUCUUUGGUGCAACCAUACCGGGGUUCGAGCCCUUCAACAACCAAACGAAGGAAGACAUUGUUAUAGAAGUGAUCAAUAAGAAAUUAACGCAUACGCUCGGCCAGUUGACUAUCCCCUUGUCAAAGGAAACCGCUGCCGUGUUGACGGACAAGCUACCUGGAUCCGACGAAUGGAAGCCCUUCACUUUCGCACAGGAGAUCCCGCAUAUGGUAGCUCGCUUGUCGUCGCUGGUGUUCUUGGGAGAGAAAAUAUGUCGGAAUGAAACAUGGCUGGAUGUAUCAGUCAAUUACACCAUUGAUGCGUUCAACGCGGCUCGUGAACUCCGAGACUUGCCGGCAGUUGCUCGGCCAUUCAUACACUGGUUUAUGCCCUCGAUGCAAAAGCUUCGGCACCACAGAAAGGUGGCGGCUGAGAUUGUCCAGCAAGAGAUCAUUAAGAGAGACAUGAUCCGGGAAGGUAAACUGCCAGAGGAGAACCCCCCUAGAACGCAUGCAGAUGCUCUAGACUGGUUUCGAGAGGUUGCUGCAGGUCGCCCUUGCGACGAAACGGUAUCGCAGAUCGGUCUUUCUGUGGCGGCAAUUCACACAACGUCGAAUAUGCUGACGAAUGUGAUGUAUGACUUAACGGCCCAUCCGGAAUACAUCCAGCCGUUGAGAGAUGAGAUCAAGGCCAUCGUGGAACAAGACGGCAUCCUGAAAAAGACCAGUCUUACCAAGAUGAAGUUGAUGGACAGUGUCAUGAAAGAGAGUCAACGCACAAAUCCUGUGUCUAUCGCCUUCUUCAAUCGCAUUGCAACGGAGGCAGUCGUGCUCUCCGACGGUACUUCCAUUCCUAAAGGUGCCAAUGUAGUCGUUUCGGCUCAUGUUAUGGAAGAUGAGUCGAUUUAUCCCAAUGCCAAGGUGUAUGACGGCUUUCGGUUCUACAACAAACGCCAGGUACCGGGCAACGAACAUCGUUAUCAGUUCGUCACGACCAGCCCGGAACACCUUGGUUUCGGUCACGGCAUGCAUGCAUGCCCUGGCCGCUUCUUUGCUAAUAACGAGAUCAAAAUUCUCCUUGCACACCUGCUGCUGAAAUAUGACUGGAAAUUUGCGGACCGCGUUGACCGGCCCAAGUCAUUUCUGCACGGAACUGAGAUUAUAUGCGACCCAACGGUGAAACUACUUUAUAAGUCACGACAGCCGGAGGUUGACUUGUCAGCUCUUGGAGAGGGAACGACUGACUAG